UUGACUCAAGAACAACGCAUCAGAGAGACCAAAAACCACCACGUGGCACUUUCGCCUACGUGGCAACCUCUUAUAGGCAGAACUACCACUGACCACGUUGAGUCAACCUGACACGUCACUAAGUAUCAAUUACGCUAAAACCUUCUUAAACUCUUCUCUGCAACUCCAAAUUCAAUCUCACUUUCAGAUUCACAGACGCAUCUAGGGUUUGUAAACAAUAUGAACACACAUUCAUCAAAUUAUCGUCCUCAAAUGCACAAAAUGCUGUUCAAAUUAGGUCUAAUCUCGUUUUUGCUGUUAUUAAACUCAAUUCCGUCACAAUCAGCGGUUUCGAGCAUCGAUCUAGGCUCCGAAUGGAUAAAAGUAGCAGUUGUGAAUCUGAAACCAGGUCAAUCUCCGAUAUCUAUCGCCAUUAACGAGAUGAGUAAACGGAAAUCGCCAGCACUGGUCGCGUUUCACGCUAACGAUCGGCUGAUUGGAGAAGAAGCAGCCGGACUUGUGGCUAGGUAUCCUAAUAAGGUAUACUCUCAGGUUCGUGAUUUAAUCGGAAAACCGUUUGAUUAUGUGAAGAAGUUUCUAGAUUCGUAUUAUUUGCCGUUCGAUGUGGUGGAAGAUUCUAGAGGCGGUGUGGGGAUUAAGAUUGAUGACGGUGUGACGGUGUAUUCGCCGGAGGAGUUGACGGCGAUGGUUUUAGGUUAUGGUAUGAGAUUAGCGGAGUUUCAUAGUAAGGUGAUGGUGAAGGAUGCGGUGGUUACGGUGCCUCCGUAUUUUGGACAGGUGGAGAGGAAGGGGCUGCUUCAGGCAGCUGAAUUGGCUGGAUUGAAUGUGUUGGCUCUUGUUAAUGAGCAUUCAGGUGCUGCGCUGCAGUAUGGGAUUGAUAAGGAUUUUUCUAAUGGUUCGAGAUAUGUUGUUUUUUAUGAUAUGGGAUCUAGUAGCACUUAUGCUGCUCUUGUUUAUUUCUCGGCGUAUAAUACGAAGGAGUAUGGGAAGACGGUUUCGGUUAAUCAGUUUCAGGUCAAAGAUGUUAGAUGGGACCCUGAGCUUGGUGGUCAAAAUAUGGAAAUGCGGUUAGUGGAAUACUUUGCUGAUGAGUUCAACAAACAGGUUGGAAAUGGGAUUGAUGUGAGGCAGUUUCCCAAAGCAAUGGCCAAGCUGAAGAAGCAGGUUAAGCGUACAAAAGAAAUUCUUAGUGCAAAUACUGCAGCACCAAUAUCAGUUGAAUCACUUCUUGAUGACCGUGAUUUUAGGAGCACAAUAACUCGUCAGAAGUUUGAAGAGAUGUGUGAAGAUCUGUGGGAAAGAUCUAUUAUCCCUGUGAAAGAGUUGCUUAAGCACUCAGGUUUGAAGGCUGAUGAAAUAUAUGCUUUUGAGUUGAUUGGAGGUGGCACUCGAGUACCAAAGUUGCAGGCUAAGCUUCAAGAGUUUCUUGGGAAGAGUGAUGUUGAUAGACAUCUAGAUGCAGAUGAGGCUACAGUUCUAGGUGCUUCGUUACAUGCUGCAAAUCUUAGUGAUGGAAUAAAAUUGAACCGUAAGCUUGGUAUGAUUGAUGGUUCUAUGUAUGGAUUUAUGAUGGAUCUAGAUGGUCCUGAACUUGUAAAAGAUGAAACCACCACACAAUUACUUGUGCCACGGUUGAAGAAGUUGCCCAUCAAGAUGUACCGGUCAAUCACUCACAACAAGGAUUUUGAUGUUUCACUUUUAUAUGAGAACGAGAAUCUCUUGCCACCUGGCGUUACCUCACGUACAUUUGCGAAAUAUGCAGUCUCUGGUCUUGCUGAUGCUAGUGAAAAGUACAUGUCACGCAACCUUUCGUCCCCUGUCAAAGCAACUCUUCAUUUUUCUCUUAGUAGAAGUGGCAUACUUUCUUUGGAUCGUGCAGAUGCUGUCAUCGAAAUAUCCGAAUGGGUGGAAGUCCCGAAAAAGAAUCAGACUCUGAAUAAUACUAAUGCUUCUACUCCCCUCAACCAAACGGUUGAAGCCAAUUCUACCAACUCAGCAGAAACUAGUGAUGUUCCCAAUCAAGAUGAUUUGACUACCAACUUGGUCAACUCCACAGAAAAUAACCAAAAUAGUGUAGAUCUUGGUACAGAAAAGAAACUAAAGAAACGGACUUUUAGAAUACCGUUAAAGAUCUCUGAAAAGAGUGUGGGGUCAGUAGCACCACUCUCAGAAGAUUCUCUUUAUGACGGUAAACUUAGAUUGGAUGCACUAGAUUCGAAGGAUGCAGAUAGGAGGAGGACAGCAGAAUUGAAGAAUGAUCUGGAAGGUUACAUAUAUGCUACCAAAGAAAAGCUUGAUUAUUUGGAUGAUUUGCAAAAAGUUUCUUCUAGUGAGCAACGCCAAUCGUUCAUCGAAAAGCUUGACGAGGUACAAGACUGGCUGUACACUGAUGGGGAAGAUGCUUCAGCUACUCAGUUUCAAGAACGCUUGGACCAAUUGAAAGCUAUUGGCGACCCUAUUUUCUUCAGAUACAAAGAGCUCACAGCAAGGCCAGAAGCAUCAGAAACUGCUAAACAGUAUUUCAGUGAGCUGCAAGAGAUUGUUAGUGGGUGGGAAUCGAAAAAACCAUGGAUUUCAAAAGAGAAAAUUGAUCAGGUAUUACGCGAGGCAGAUGAUCUCAAAAAGUGGUUAGAUGACAAGGAGGCUGAGCAACAAAAGUUAUCUGCAUCCAGCACCCCUGCUUAUACUUCUCAAGAGGUUAUGGACAAGCUGCUAGAUCUUAAAGACAAGGUAUCAAGCACAAAUCGAAUCCCGAAGCCAAAACCAAAAGUCGAGAAACCAACUGUGAAGAAUAAUGAUUCCAAACAAGAGGAAACAGUCGAGAAACCAACCGAGAGUCAAACAGACGAGUCAAAAAGUUAUAGUUCCUCUAAAGAUGACAAUAACGAUUCCAAACAACAGGAAACAGUUGGGGAAUCAACCGAACAUGAUGAGCUGUGAGUUAACCUAACAUACAAAAUGAGUGGUUAGAUUCUGGUUUCUAUAGGAAAGAUAGGGGAGAGGUAGUUAAACUAAUAUAUAUAUAUAUCAUAAAAUCAUUCAGACAGUUUUUUUGCAUAUUCCAUUAUUUGGGUCUGUUUUUGUCCCAUUUCCAGGUAUCAAUUUUUGUACCCUCAACAAUUUCUGAUAUUGUGAUGUAUAAUGUUAGUAUAUAUUGAUGCA